GCCGAUCAAGUCGAGUGCGCUUUCCAGUUCGCGUUCUCAACCCAUGAGCAGAUGGUGUGCGGCGUGGCGGCCGUUUAGCCACUCGUUUUACUCCAAUAAUUUUGCUUCACUAACCUACGCAUCCCAAAUAAUAUGACGUAAAACUGACGUGACUACGUGCAAUCGAACGUGCGCUUGUGUUUGUUGUGUAGUGAUACGAAAAGACGUGCACGUUUUACAAAAUCUCGGCGAGUAAAAUAACAGUUACUUUUGAAAAGACACAGACGAGACUGAUUCGAGAUGGCUGUGUUCGGAUUGGCAUCUGCGGUAGCGGGCUUUGUCAAAGUCCGCUACCUCAUCGACAAGGCUGUCAUCGACAAUAUGGUCUUCAGGAUGCAUUAUAGAAUCACUUCGGCCAUUAUGUUCCUGUCGUGCAUCCUUGUUACUGCUAACAAUCUAAUCGGUGACCCGAUUUCUUGCAUCAGUGAUGGAGCCGUUCCAACGCACAUCCUUAACACUUAUUGCUGGAUCACUUACACGUUCACACUGCCCUACAGCGGAUCUAAAGGGAUUGCCCACCCAGGUCUCGGCAACGAUUACGAAGAAGAGAAACGCAUCCAUUCAUACUAUCAAUGGGUGCCAUUUAUGCUGUUCUUCCAGGGUCUGCUAUUCUAUAUCCCCCAUUGGAUUUGGAAGAACUGGGAAGAAGGCAAAGUACGCAUGAUAUCUGAUGGAAUGCGCGGAACAUUAGGCACAAUUGCCGACGAUAAAACGAAGAGUCAGAAUCGCUUGGUCCAAUACUUGCUCGAUACACUUCAUAUGCAUAACACAUACUCUUUCGGUUACUUCUUCUGUGAAGUUCUUAACUUCGUUAAUGUUGUUGGCAACAUCUUCUUUUUGGACACGUUCCUUGGGGGUGCAUUCUUGGCUUACGGAACUGACGUGGUUAAAUUCUCCAACAUGAACCAGGAGCAACGUACUGAUCCUAUGAUCGAAGUAUUUCCCAGAAUCACGAAAUGUACUUUCCACAAAUACGGAGCUUCUGGAACGAUCCAGAAACAUGAUGCCCUGUGUGUUCUCGCUCUGAACAUCCUCAAUGAGAAGAUAUUCAUUUUCCUUUGGUUCUGGUUUAUUAUCCUCUCCGUUGUUUCCGGCUUGGCUCUCGUUUACUCAGCUGCCGUCAUUCUUUUACCGAGUACCCGCGAGACUAUUCUUAAAAGGCGAUUCCGUUUUGGAUCUCCCAAUGGAGUGGAGGCUCUUGUUAGAAAGACACAGGUUGGAGACUUCCUUCUUUUGCAUCUUCUUGGACAAAACAUAUCGCUACGCGUUUUUGGCGAGGUAUUGGAUGAGCUAGCUCGUCGACUUCACCUUGGCUCUAAUCCACCGUCCGCGCCUUCCACGCUCGAAAUGGCACCGAUUUAUCCCGACAUCGACAAAUUCUCUAAGGAAACUGAGACGUAAGGUGGUGCCGAUGCUAACUUGCAAUAUAAUCCUCUCAGAAAAAUUAAACCUUAUAAAAUAGAUUGUUCCAACACCUUUUUCGAGAUAUAUCUGUUACUUCCGAUAUUACCUUAAUAUGAUGUUUCUCAAAUCUUGUGUUCGAACUUUGAUCGAUAUAAUGAGGAUAUAUUGCUUAACAAUGAAUGUGUAUUAAGCGGUUACUAUUUCAGUAGUUGGUCGUGUACAUUGACUAUGCAAAUUAUUAACGUUCAUGACAUUCCUUUGUUUUAACUUAGAAAAUAUUACUUUUUGCAAGCAGCCGUAUUUGCUUUAGUAAAGCAUAAGAUUUCGGACUUGAGGUCUCAAUAAAUUUACAGCCAUGUUUUGACCAACAUUAGUUAAAUGAUUGUUUUAAAAAAUGAAUUUAUUAAACUUCAAAACGCUAAAGACUGUUUGCGUAGUUUUAAUUGGUUAAACAUUUUUGGGGUAUUUGAAAAUAUGUAUAGUUUAUAUGUAUACGAAAUAUUGUAUACAUUGUCAAACAUUUAAUUAUAAUAGGUAUAUAAUAAUUAUUUGUGAUAAGUUUAAAAAUGAAGUUAAUCUCAUUUACGAAAAGAAUGGCAUACAUAUCACCAGCUCAACAUUCUGUUUGUCAUAUAAAUAAAAAGAAUGACAAACGAAUACAUUAUAUUUUGAUUAUUAUAUAUUUAAAAUUAUCGUAAACUAGAUAUUCCAUUUAAUGAAAAGACAAGUUAUAUAAAAGGCAAAUAAAGUAAAGUACAAACGGUUCCUUUGGUAAUGAUAAGUUUGACAUUUGACAUGGCUUUUGAUGUUUUCGUUUAUUUUAGUACUAGUAGGUUAAAAAUAUUUUGUGCAAAAGGCAAGGUGUUUAUUCUGUAGUGGUUUAUACUCAACUGUAUCACUCAAACAUUAGUGCCAUUUAACUGAUACUUUUCAGAAUUCACUCAUCAUAUAUGCAUUUUAAAGAAAUGUCUUUAAAACAACAGAUUUUAUCAUUCCGUAAGCAUUGUAUUCCUUUUUAUAUAAUUAUUUAGGUUAGGUAUAAGUGGUUAUUACAGUCAAUUAAGCCAUAUUCAUUAUGAUAUUAAGAUCUUAUAGUACUGGACUACCAAGAAUCUCUUGUAUCGUACAUAAAAUAGCAUAAUAAGUCCCCGAUAUAUUGAUAAUAUAAUAUUUUUUUAUACUAAGUAUUAUGAUAAAAGUUAGAAAUAAAUCAUAUAUAGUCCUUCGUACUUUUAUUACGAUUUUGCAAGUAAUUAAUAGUACGUAAUAUUUUAUAUGCAGCUUUUUUUUUCUUUUUCGCAUUGAUGUUUAUAGCGUUAGUUAACCGAUUUUAUUUAGCCCAAUGAAAUUAUUACUAGAUUUUAGGAGACUUUGUAACGUUGGUCCACUAUGAUCCUCGUUAAUUCAUAAAAGUUUCAUGAAACGCUGACACAUUUAUCAUUCCGAUAUCAAGACUUGUAAGAACUUGCCCGACUAUUUUAAUUGUAUUUUUGGUAUUGUACCUAUGAAUUAAACAAAUCAUAAAACAUU